CAGGCAGCCGGGGCUGUCUCUGCCCAGCCGCCCUCCUCCCUCCUUCCCUCCCUCUCUCUCUCUCCUUCUCUCCCCCCAUCCUUCCCUGCUCCUUAAAACCUGCGUUCCGGGGGUGCAGUUCUUCCAGCGGAGCCUCUGGCCGUGCCCAACCCGGCUUUGUUCCCUGCGGGGCUGCCUGGAUGCGGCCGCAGUAGAAGGGGAAACCCGUACGCAGGUCUUUGGCACAGGCUGGUGGUUCACGAUGGACCCCCUCUUCCCUGCCCAUAUUUUGGAAGACCCCGACCUGAGAAAGCUGCUAAACGACUCCUCCAUGCUGAACCUGAGCUUUCUCCCCAGCAACUGGUUCAACAACGGCACGGGGGACAGCUUCCUGCCGCUGAGCAUCAAGAUCACCAUUGUGGUCGUCUACUCCAUUGUGUGCAUUGUGGGGCUGGUGGGCAACUGCUCCGUCAUGUAUGUGAUCGUCAGAUUCACCAAGAUGAAGACAGCAACCAACAUUUACAUCUUUAACCUUGCUCUGGCCGAUACCUUGUGUCUGAUGACCUUACCCUUCCAGGGUACAGACACGUUCCUGGGCUUCUGGCCUUUUGGCAAUGUCCUCUGCAAGAUUGCUAUCUCUAUAGACUACUACAACAUGUUCACAAGCACCUUCACCCUGACGAUGAUGAGUGUGGACCGUUACAUCGCUAUCUGCCAUCCUAUCAAAGCUCUGGACAUCCGCACUCCUCACAAGGCCAAAGUGGUGAAUGUCUGCAUCUGGGCGCUCGCUUCUGUCUUUGGCAUCCCAGCGAUGGUGAUGGGAUCUGCAGAGAAUGAGAACAAUGAAAUAGAUUGUCUAAUUAAGCUCCCUUCACCCGUGGAUUACUGGGAUCCAGUGUUUGGCAUCUGCGUUUUUCUCUUCUCCUUUAUGAUCCCAGUGCUGAUCAUCACCAUUUGCUACAGUCUCAUGAUCAGACGCCUCAAGAACGUCCGUGUCCUCUCAGGCUCCAAGGAGAAGGACCGGAACCUGAGGCGCAUCACCCGCAUGGUGCUGGUGGUGGUGGCCGUCUUCAUAAUCUGCUGGACUCCCAUCCAGAUCUUCGUGCUGGUCCAGUGCUUGGGUGCCAAGGCCGAAAGCGAGCUCGAGCUGGCCAUCUCCUGCUUCUGCACAGCGCUGGGGUAUGCCAACAGCAGCCUGAACCCUGUGCUAUAUGCCUUCCUAGAUGAGAACUUCAAGGCUUGCUUCAAGAAGUUCUGCUUCCCUACCGCCUUCAGAACAGAGCUCCAGAUGUCCAACAGGAUGUGCAGCAUUGCCAAGGAUGUGGCUUAUGCCUGCAAGAACUCGGAGGGGACUAACAAUCCAGCCUGACUAGGCAUGGAAAUCCCCAUGGUGGCUGUCGCCCAGCAGAGUCCAACCACUCCCACAUCAGAGCUAACUCAGAUAACAGCCCUUUAGCAGGACCUCAAAACUGAGAAACCAAGAAAGCAAUUUUGGGAGUUGGGAAAACUGGACACUGCAAGAGCAUGCAAAAGAGCUGAUUCAAUGCAUUUUUAGUUCUGACGUGCCCUGCACUAUGGAGCACAUUUGAAAUCAGCCUUUUGAUUCCUGUGAAACCCUGGCGGCUUGCAAGGCUAUUGAGAAUUUGGGAAUUAAGGGUUUGAAACAGGCAUUGCUCCUGCAUCUUACGCUUCUGCUGCUGGGAGACAGACAAAAUGCAGACGAUUCCAUUUCUUUUUUCCUCCCUGAGUCGUUUCAGAUCCUCGGCUCUCGUACCUCUCCGGGCGCUCGUGCAUGGGUUUAUUCCUGCGGCACCGCUCUGAAAUUAGACUUUGCUGAAGACAAAGUGGGCAACAGCCGUCAGACAAAACCCAAGAUCAUCUCCAGGAUGAGUCAUCACGAGAGGAAGGAUGCGGGGAGGGAGAGGAGGGAGCAGAGCUGGCGGAAAGGGAAAUUCAAGCUGUCAGGAGCUGGCGAGCUCUGCAGAAAAUCCUCCACCUGAGAGGGGAGAGGAGGAGGAAAAGAUGGAUGAAAUGAACACAAAUCCUUGUUUACAUGCUGCUAUUGUUUGUGGGUUUUUCUAGCAUUAUCUUCCCAUUGUAAUAACGGACAGAAUGUCUGUAUAUACAUGUAUGCGUCUCUAUAUUGCUAUGAUACAGCUAUAUUGUAAAUGUUUGUCUUGCCAAGCAUGCCUUGGUGAUCUUCCUCAGUGAGAAGAGGAAGGAAUGAAGUGGAUGGAGUGGCCUAUGAACACAUGCACCUGUGUACAGGGGGAAGCCAUUUCAGAAACAGCCCAGUAGCUCCUCCAGAAGACACGGAUGUUUCUGGUAGGAAGGGCAGCCUACAGCCACCCCAUCUGCUCCGUGUGUGCAAUAGAUGGCUUACUUAUUUAUUUUGGCAAAGUGACAUCACUGAUGCUGAGAGCUUUGGGAGAUGCUGCUGAGCUGCCACACCUUCUACCUACCUGACUGAUUUUCUUUUUUCCCCUCUUCCGGACCUUUGUGUAAAAUGAAAUGCUCAGCUGUUUCAUUUGGUAAUGGAAGUGUUCCCGGAGAGUUUGACCACUGAGUGCCCUCUGCAGGGACGGGGGGGCCUGUGUUCUUCCUGAAGCACUGUGGCCACAGGAAAAUUUGGGAAGGAAAGCAGUAGCCCUUGCUCGGAGAUGGCCAGCUGCGGUGGCAGCCGAACUGUACAGACUUCACGUGAAUGUAGUUCUUGUGCUCUGGUCUAUGAGAUGCUGUAUUUUUAAUGUAUCACUUUACCACUAUUUUAAUGCUAUCACGUUCUUUAUAUAUGCUGUUUAAAAAAAAAAAAGGAAAAAAAGAAAAGAAUCUGAUGUUAUAUUUCUAUGUAGAGUAUUUCCCUUAUGGUUGGGCUUAAAAUAUAGACGCAGUCCCAGCAUCCCAUGUGUUGGACCCAGAUCCCUUGUAAACUCUGCAAGCUGGGACCAUUCUCAUAGUUUAUACUGGGAGUCUGGAGGGGGAUAUAAGAGAGAACUUUACAAGUAGCACUUCCCCUGAGUAGCUGCAGGAGUGGAGGAGGUCUGGGCACUGUAAGCACUUUGUGAUGGAUGUUUAUCCCCAGGCACUCACCAGGAAAUCUCAUACAGCCCUAGGCACGCCAUGGGGACAGUAACACAGCAAGCUUGAUGAGCUGCUGUAGUCAUGGAUGCAACGAUGGUGUUGGUCACUGGCAGCGUGGGGUCUUCUGAGCCACGCGAUGUGGGGUGACAUGGGGUGUUGGGUAUGAGUAGGGAUGUGGCUGCUGGGCUUUCCUUGUAGUGUCAUGAGGCAGAGCAGAGCCAUGCUCCCUUUGUAGCUCCUGGUUGUGUUUUUAAACAGAUUUAUGUCCUCUGAAAGUGUUUGGCACUUUUUAUAAGGAUUUUGUUAUAAUGACUAUGCUGCAACAAUCUCACAUAAUCGAGUAACCAAUAAAUGUGUGUUUACUGAGCUUUUGGGUAAUUCUGUGGCCCUUGCAGUGGAUGUGUAUAGGCAUUCUGUUCAUGCUCGGUGGAGUUAUAAGAAGAGCAACAAAACCUGGAAGCAAAAGCUUUAUUGUACUGUGCCUACGGAGUUAAAGGCUUGUGCUCAGCUACCCAGCUGAAGUGCAGGCUCUUUAAUUCUCCUCUAAAAUGGUCAUGUUGGUAUGAUUUUACAAUUACUGCAGUGUAAGUGACAAUUUCCUUGGUGGCUACUUGUGUGCUUCAAUAAAGGAAAAUAAAA